UGCACAUGGCGGACGGUGCAUAACGGACACGUGUGUCUCGUGUGUGAUACAGUGAAUACUAACUGAAUUGAUGAUCAUCUAAACCUGCAACAAUGAAUAACAUCGAACUGCUUGGUCUGACCAAGCUCAAAGGCAAACUCGAUGGUGUUACCAAUGCUACCUACGAUAAUGACUUAUUGGUUUACAUCAAAGACUCUUACCUGACAGUCGAAAACAUCAAGACGCAGGAUUUAUCGAAAUGUUCGUUGGAAGAGUACACCGGUAAAGUCCUCCUGCUCAAAUAUCUACGCUUGCACAACGCAGUGGUUUGUGUUAUGGACAAGGAAAUCCUGAUCAUGGACCUUGCCAACAACUCCAUUGAAAAUUUCAAGCCGGGCACCGAAAUUGCGACAGCGGCAGUCAACCCACUUGAAACCACCAUUAUUGUGGUGUAUGCCAACAACCUGAUCCACCAGUAUUACCUCGUCAUAAGGGACAUGAACUGGAUUCCAUUCGGAAGGCCCUCCGAUGUUUUAGAACAGGUGCCCAACUCAGUUUAUGUUGGAUGGGGUGCUCAAGAGACCCAAUUCAAAGGAUAUCUGGCUGAUGUACUCUAUGGACAGCAAUGGACAAGAAUCAAGCCUCCAUUUGAGCCUCCAACAAUAUCUUGGAGGGGAAACGGGGAAUACUUCGUCAUAAAUUACUGGCAUAAUGAUCAAAGAUACUUGAAGGUGUUUGAUGCUGACUGCUACCCAAAAUGGGUAUCAAAGAGUGUCAAUGGACUACUUCCGCCUGUUUCCUUCAAGAAUGAGGGCAACAUGAUUGCGACCGUUGCUAUUUGGGAGAAUUUAAACCAUAUCAUUGUGUUUGAGAAGAAUUGUCUUCCCAAAUACAGCUUCUCCAUCGACAAUUCAAAGGGCAAAGUUGACAGUAUUCAGUUCCACCCACAUCUUCCGAUGUUGACCGUUCUUACCACCUCCGACGAGACUCAGUAUUUGAACAUUUACGAUUACUCCAACGGCAAAUGGUACUUGAAACAACAGCUUCGUUACAGCGCCGAAAACAAGAUCGUCAGUUAUUUCUGGGACGACGUACAAUUCCCGUAUGUCUGUCAACUUUGGGUGAUCACAGCUGAGGAGCUGCAAUGUCUGACAUUCAAAAUUGGCGUUUCUCUCCACAAGAACUACAGUAUUGUGGCCAACAUUGAUGGGGCCGACAUCAAAUUCACUUGGUUCAAGGAUUCAGUUAUUCCACCACCAUUGUACUCUUACCUUUACAAGGCAGAAAACCCCAUCAAUAAAGUUGAGUUUCAUCCUACUGAAGGACUUUGCGUGGUAAUUGACGCAGAAAUGGUAGUUACAGUAUUGAAACUUCAUAGAACUAAGGUUAGUGAAAUAACAAAGGGUAAAGUUGAUGGCACUGGCUUUUAUGAUAACAGAAUUUCAUGGAGUACCCAAGGGUUAAAUUUGUACUUGAAUACCAAAAGCAAGGUAAAAGUAGUUGGAUCAGAGGUCAUCAAGGUGCACUGUUCUCCUAAGAACUUCACUGUUAGCCUGGAUCACGUGUUUGAAGACAACGUAUACGUUGACGGACUGCGUAUUACUUUCCGAUUGGGUGCCUUAUAUCAGUUUUACAUCAACGACAUCUUCAUAAAUGACAAAGUGAACUCUUACAUAGUGUUCAAAAAUCAUUUGCUCUACACCACCACAGACAACCAGAUUAACUACGUUAAGGUUGGCCGUAUUAUGGUUGAAAACUUGACCAACUUAAAUAAAUUGGACAGCAUCUGUAGAAGCAUCGAGCUGGGGGCAAAAAUCGUUUGCGUCACGGCCAACCGUCUUCAAACCGUUUUACAAAUGCCCAGGGGCAAUCUCGAAUUGAUUUCGAUCCAACUAAUGGGCGUCGAUAAACUCGAAAAUCUACUGCAGCAGGGACUGUGGACCGAAGCGGUGGAGUACGUGCGUUCCGAGAGGCUAAACCCCAAUCUCCUCAUUGAUCAGGACAUCUGCAGGUUCGAGGAAAACCUCGAACAGUUCCUGGCUGCCUGCCAAUCUCCAGCUCUGUUGAGUCAAAUCUGCAUGGAAAUCAAGUUGGAGAACACCUUGAAGAGGUCCAACAGGGAGGAACUGAUGGAGUUUUCGUUGCAAAAGCAGAGGAUAAUGUUGAAAAUCAAGGAAACAUUAGAGAACUCCGGUUGCGUUGAAUACUUAAACACCAUCAUCACGAUUUUGAUGAAGCAUUUCAGCCUAUCAGAGACUCUGAAGCACCUCUGCAGCGUGCACGAGAAGGCUCUGGCGAAGAGGAUUGAAAUGGUAUGGUGCGAACGGGCCGUCGCCCUAAUACGCACCCACACGGCCAACCAGGACGUAUUUAAGGCGGGCGCGCUGCUGUUCAACUUGGAGUUCUUGAGAUUCAUCAUGAGACUGUGCAACUACGACCCCAUGGAGUACGAGGAGAAGUUGGCGGCGCUGGAGAAGAUGUCCGAGGUGGAAAGAAGGUACGAGAUGUGCAUGUGGGCCGACGACAAGCAGCGUGCCGUCAAAUACUUGUUGAGAAUUGAGAAGUACGACGCCGACUUCGUCAUCGGGUUCGUUUCACGUAACAGCCUCUACGAGGAGGCCUACCAGGCUUGCCCAAGCAACUUGUCGUACUUUAAGGAGAUCUCCAAGGUGUACGGGCAGCAUUUAUCCCAUUUGGGCAGGCACAAUGACGGUGCCUUCGUUUUGAAACGGGCCGGUCUCAUUAAGGAGGCGCUGGAGCUGUACAGGGUGGCGUUGAAUUGGUCGCAUGUGAUGUACCUUGCGCACGAAUUGAAUUACACUCGCGAAGAAUUGGAUACGGUACUGGAAGUUAUUGCAAAUAGGCUCCUGCAAAUGGGGAAGGUGGAGGAGUCCGUUUUGUUGUACGAAACGGUCAUUAAGAACUACCUCAGGGCCAUUGAGAUAUUGUUGACGCACAAGAAGUUCAGACUGGCCGCCAAUCUUGCCUUGGCCAACGAGUUGUAUGAUAUUAUGAAUGGAAGGAUUAAACCGGCUGUUAACGUCGAACGACGCAGCCUAUUGGAUAAAAUCAUUGAUCUUGAACAUAACUUCAAGACUCACUAUGCUCGACUGAUUACCGUAAGGUCUGAGAAGAUCAGAAGGCAAAACGACGGUUUUGAUGGUGGUGACGGGGAUAUAUAUUCGGACACUGAAACCAUGUCAUCAAGAUCUUCGGGCUCACGUCGUUCCGACAGAUCCACCAUGUCCUCGCGUGGCAAACGUAAGGAAGACAGAAAGAAAACCGACUUGAAACACGGAGGAAAGUACGAAGAUAUUGCUUUGAUGCGGGCUCUGUAUAUCGAAAUAACUGAAGCGUACGAAAUGUGGACUGAAUACAACGAAUUGUUGAUGUUCAGCGACACCGUUGAGGACCACAAUCAAAUGAAGGUGGUGCGUGACAGAAUCUUCUUCACGCAAUCUUAUAUGAUGUUGCACUCCAAGGAAAUAUGGCCUAAGGACAUGAACAACUCUUUACAGUCUCCCGAGGGCAGAUUACUGUGGGAAAAUCUUGAGCAUCUUGAUGUUCAAUACAGAACUCGCCCAGCAGUUCCGGAGGGUCUAAGGAACUGGCGUAACAUGAUUGUCAAAUAGAAAGUUUGACGUAAAAUUUCGUUAAUUUAUAGAAUUUGUUUUAGUUUCAUUUGAAUGUUUAUUUAUAAUUUCGUUAGAAAAUACGUUUUAGUUAAGUGAUGUUGCUAUAGUACUAGUCAUACUAUAAAUGAGCUGUGAGGAAUAACGUUCCAAUUUUCUUUUAAGUUGACUUAGUUAAUUUAUUAAUCGUCCAAAAAUUUACUUGAGAUGCAUCUCUUGUCUUUAACAUACCAGUUUUUAAUUACCUUUAAAUAGCUAAUUUUAAUUCAUUUUAUAUCUAAUAUACAAGUAAAUUAAUGGACAAUUAUUUAUUUCAAUGUUUUAAUUUGAAUGUAUUUUAUUUUAAUGUUUUUUACGUUCUUAAUUUUUAAAGAAUACUCUCUUAACCUGCCAAGUGCUGUGAGGAACAUGGUUCCACUUUAUAAACUGAUGUAAAUAUAGAGUUUUUAAAAAUAGUUUCAUAUAUA